AUGGCAACUACUACUACAACUCCUAAAACUACUACUACUAAUACUACGGUGAUGACGACGAAGAAUACUACAACUAUUACUACUACUACUACUACUACUACUACUAACGCAACAACUAUCAAUCCAAUUACUACUAAUACUACUAACUUGAAGGAAACGAAUGCUACAACCACUAAUACUACUUCCACAACUAACACAACUAAUAUUAUUCCUACUACUACUACUGCGACUAUUAUCACCACUGUCAGACCUACUACAAAUACUACUACUUCCAAUACUUCUCAGAGUUUAUUGACUUUAGGAACUCCAAGCGGUGUUAUCAAUACGAACAAGUCUAUCACUAACACUACCAGUUGGACCUACAUCAGCAACACUACAAACGCAACCACUACUACUAACACCACCAUUCCGACCUUUAUCACCAAUACCACAAACGAAGUCACCACUGCUAGCACCACAAAUUCUACCACCACUAUUAGUUCUAUCAAAACCAUCACGGGAGUCAUAUCAUCAACUAUUAUUAAGUUAGCAUCGUUUGAAGAUAAUACAGGUCCAAAACCAAUUCAACUCCCAGUUCCGAAAUAUGAACUGCCCAUUGAAGACUUAGAAGAUGUUCGAUAUGAAAACACUGCAAACCACUAUUGGUCAUUUAAAAGAGUGGUUGGGAAAUCAUUUAUCUUCGAUCGUGCUCCAGAUCGUAACACACUGACGCGAUCGAUAUAUGACAGAUUAUCGCUUUUCGACAGUAAAUUAAGUAACGCUGGUCCAAUUUACAAUGACUUAAAUAACAUGAAGAAAUCUUUAUUUAUAUCCUUAAAUGGAACCCUGCCAGAAAAAAGAUUAACUACUCCCGGCAUUCAUGAUACUCAAGAUAGUAUUUACAUUAUUCAAAUGAGAAUGAAAUGUUUACUAGACAUUAAUGAAUGUGAUUAUGGAUUGAGUUUGUCGAUUUGGCUUCAAUUCACGACAGAAACAUUCAAUCCAAAAGAAGUCCUUAUAUCAACAGCUCCAGAAAAAGGAAAAGGCUUUUCUCUCUUAAUUAACAACGGGAUGUUAGAAUUUGAACUGAGGACAGCAGAUACCCUUUGGAAAGUUAACAGUCCAAUUACAAAAAUAUUAAAUCAAUGGGUUAAUAUUGGUGUUGCAUGGGGUAAAAAUGCACAAAUGAUAAAACUGGUGAUAAAUGGUAAGAUAGUUGCUGCGAAAAAUAAUUAUCAAGGUGUUCAAUAUUUGGGUAGUAAUUCAACACCAACAUCAAUUUGGGUCGGUUGUAAUAGAGGAUUAGAUGGAGAGAAAAUCAUCUCAUCUGUUAAUCCAGGAAUUAGAGUAGCGACAGUUGCCUUAUGGUAUUGGCCUAUCCAAUUAAAUGAAUUGUUUAGCGGAGGCCUGGAGCAUUAUUUAUUAACAGAAAGAUUUGCAGAACCAUUAGUUCCUCAACCAACUAAAACCACAAAUUAUGCAGACUACACAAAUGAAGUUGAAGAGCUUACACCAGCUGAAGAAAUUAGUGAAACUUUAAAUCCAAUUUAUUUAAUUGCAGAUUAUUACAAUCCUUUAUUGGUUUUACCAUUAAAUUAUACAAAACAUGAUAUUGAAUUGGUAGCUGAUCGUUCUAAACUGAAAACUGCUUAUAAGUUAACAUCAAUUAGAAGUUGUUUUGAAAUGAAACUCUUUAAUGUGAAAACUUGUCCCGGUAAUAUAAGUCUUUGCACUCGAGGUUUAUCUAUGGGUGUAUGGUUAAACAUACCGGAUAUUUUAGAUACUACUGUUGGUAUACUAGAUAUUUUAGAAUUAGUCAAUGGUAUCACUGUGUCAGUUUAUAACAAUUAUAUCAAUAUUUUCGUUAACUCAAAUAUGGGUCUAGUUGUUUUUCGUGUAUACAGUAUGAUACCGAGAGAUAUCUGGUUCAAUAUUGGUAUAAGUUUAUCAAACUUUAUAGAUCCUACUGCAUCUGUAUACUUUAAUGGUAUUUCAAUGCCUGUUGAACAAGUUAUGCCACCAACAGGAACUCCACUGAAAAGAACUGAUCGUUGUUUAAAUGGACUAAUUCUGGGCAGCUCAAAAAUUGAACAAAGUGCUGCUGGCAUCGCUUACAAUGAUUUUAUUCUAUGGUAUAGAUGGUUGUAUUCGUUUGAGUCACAUCUUUUUGUGGGUUAUACAAGAGCACAACAAGCUAAUCUUCAUAAUGCCAGCUAUUAUUGGACACCUGAUCCCUAUAUAUUUUAUGAUAGUAAUGUACAAAUACAAGUUAGACAGAAAUAUAAAUAUUUACAACCAGAAAAUGAUUAUUCAUUAACAGGUAUACCUGGUUAUUCAUUGGCAUCAAUUUAUCGUCCAAAAUUUGUCAAAUUUCAUUUCAGUCAUGAUGAUUAUGAGAAUAAAUCAAAAGUACCUGUACUUGAAAUGAAACCACAACAUUAUAUGAUGUUAGGACAGCGUAAAUCAUCUGAGGUGAUAUCAACGAAUUUAAUAUGGACUGGGAAAUGUUUAAUAGAGCCAAGUCUAUCUGCUUGUAGUGCACGUGGAUUCUCAAUGUCAAUAUGGAUAAAAUUAUUAUCUGUUAGCCAAGAUCGCAUAAGAUUUUAUUUAAAUUCUGGUGACGGAGGAACAAGUUUAUCAACAAUGAGUUAUUGUCGUGGAAUAUCAAUAUUUACUGACACAUCAUUGAUUGGUGUUUCAAUUUCACAGUUAUCAUCGACAUGGCAAUUAGUACUGGAUUCGAGUAGUUAUAAAAUUGGACAAUGGAUUAACAUUGGUAUAUUAUGGCGUGGAGAUGUCGGGUUAACUCUGUUACUCGAUGGUGUCAAUUAUGGAAGUAUACUUUCAAACGGUCAGAAAAUUUACAAACCACGUGAAUCACCACCAUAUCUUGUGCUUGGACGUUAUGAUACAGAUACUCAAGCUGCAUGGUUGUCACCUUCUGAUGCAGAUUAUGCAGCUAAACAAAACAGAGGAAAUGAACCUCAAUGGGAAAUGAGUCACUAUGUAUUAGGUGAUAUAGCCUAUUUCAAUAGAUUUUUAAGUCAUAAAGAAUAUAAUGAACAGAUUGGUUUGUUAGGAAAUCCAUAUCUACGUAAUAUACUUGGUAAUGUUUGUACUACUUUACGAAAUCCUGAAGCAGUACAGCUAUCAGAGGGUGGUUCUCUACGUCUAGGCACAUUUAGAGUAAACGGAUGCCCAUAUAAUUUACAAAACUGUCAACAGGGUUUAAGUAUAGGUGGUUGGUAUCGUUUUGGAGGAUAUUUUACAAAACCAACUGAUAAUCAAAUUGAACCAAUAAUAUUAUUUAGUGGAUCUGGUGGAGAUUAUGGUUUAACAAUAUCAUAUAAUGGUGCAUUAUUAGGUGGUUGGUUACAAUAUAAUAUAAUACAAAAUAAUACAAUAAUACCAAAUUAUUGGUUAUGUAUUGCUGAUAAUUUACAAAUUGAAUGUAAUAAAAAUAUACAAAUCAAUAAUUUAUUAUAUCAACAAUGGAUUAAUCAAGCAAUUGAAAAAUCUAAAAAAUUAUUUAAUGAAACUAAUACAAAUAAACAAUCAUUUUUAUUAAUUAGCUCUAAGACAUUAGAUCCAAUUCAACAAAUAACAUUUUCAAUUGCUUUAUUAAUAUUACAACCAAAAUAUUUAACAUUAACUAGUUUAAUGAAUUUAAUUGGUAUGGAAUAUUAUGAAAUAAUAGAAUUAUUAUAUUCAACAUUUUAUUGGCAAAUGUCUGGUUUAUUAUAUCAAUUAACAUCAAAUCGUAUAAAAAUAAUUAAUUCAUAUUAUGGACGUGAUCAAUAUGAUAAUCUAAAUGGUGCAUUAUGUACUGAAGGUAAUGAUUUAUCAUAUAUUAUAUUGAAUGGUGAUAAAAUUGGAUUAAAUGGUGAAAUGACUAAUUUAUAUGAAUCAUGUUUAUAUGAUCCAUCUAUAUGUAAACGUUAUGGUUUAAGUUUUCGAUUUAUAUUACUUGAAUUACCAAAUGAAUUAGAUGGAAUUCAUGAAAUUCUACGUACAACACCAAUAAAUAGUAUAAUAAAAACUGUUGGAUUACGUAUGUAUUUAUCAUCAGAUCAAAAUGAAUUUAUUGUUGAAAUACGUAGUCAAUAUUUAACUUAUAAAUAUUCAAUAAAACGUAAUUUUAUACAACAACCUGGUAAAUGGAUAAAUAUGCAAAUAUUUUAUUAUCAAAAUCAUCCAUUAACAAUACGUGUUGAUGGUAAUACAAAUACAUCUAUUGAAAAUGGAACAAUUAUUAAUGAAGUAAAUGUUAAGUUAUCAACUGAUGUAAGAUUAAAACAAAAUUUGAUGAUUGGACGAGGUUUAAAAAUGUGUAUAAGCUCAAUGACAUUAUAUGAUAUGUCAAGUGAAAAUAAUUUUGAUUUAUUAGCCAACACAGCUAAUUCACAAAUAUGUUAUACAAAUAUGGAUAUAUUUGAACCAUUACAAGGAUUAAUAAAUGAUUAUAAAAAUCGUACAAAUUCUGCAUCUAGAUUAGAAAAUUUUAUUAGACCAUUAUCAUUUCCAUCGGCAUCUUGUAUUCAAUAUCCAGAUAUAUGUAGCAAGAACGGUAUGACUAUGUCAAUGUGGAUAAUGAUUAAUGGAUUUGUCAAUGAAUAUGGAGAAAAUCUUGAUGUGAAGAACAAUGAAAGCCUGACUGCAAUAAUUUUGUCUACUGGUCCACCCAAUAAUUCUGGAAUUUUAAUUCAAGUCAGCGGUCAAUUAGAAAAUGAGGAAUUGAAACUGUCGUUAAAAACUAGUAUUUACACUCGAAAUUAUUUAUGGCUAGUUGAUUCAAACAAUGCAUUGGAAUUAGGUCAAUGGACAAAUAUAGCAUUUAGUUGGUUUAGUCAACCAGAAGAUAACAGUGGUUCACUUAGAAUUUAUAUCAAUGGUUUACUUAAACAAUCUUCAACAAUACCGACUUCUGUGUUGAAUAUGAACACAGAGUUAAAUGAUACUUCUAAAGUAUUUAUUGGUUCUGCAUAUUACAAUUGGAACAAAAAUACAACUGAUUCAGUUAAUAAAGUAUUUGCCACCGGAGGCAUUGCAAAUUUAGCAUAUUGGGAAAGCAAAAAUGUUAUCAGUUGUUCAAAGCCUAGAAAAACAAAAAAUUCUUACUUGGAGAUUGUGAAAGUGAUAAUGACAUACCAGAAACAGUUACAUGCGUUAUGA